CUGAGAAUGGCACUGUGGCAGACGUCAGUGAGAAAUGUUGGAUAUUGUGUUAGAAAAAAAUAUAAUUAAUUUGUCAACCUUUUGUGUUAUUAAUUAUGUGAAUAAUGAGAUUAAAGUGUAAAUAAAUGUUAGAAUAGUGUAUAAUAGUGAUUAUGGCGCAUAGUGGUGGUGUUUUAAGUUCGGAUAUUUCGCGUCGGAAUCCACAAGAUGAAUAUGAACUUAUUCAGAGGAUUGGUUCGGGCACAUACGGCGAUGUCUAUAAGGCAAAGAGGCUCAACGGCAACGGUGAGCUUGCUGCCAUCAAGGUGAUAAAGCUGGAGCCGGGUGAUGACUUCGCCAUCAUCCAGCAGGAGAUCCUGAUGAUGAAAGACUGCCGGCACCCGAACAUAGUGGCGUACUACGGCUCCUACCUCAGGAGGGACAAGUUAUGGAUCUCGAUGGAGUACUGUGGCGGUGGUAGUCUGCAGGACAUAUACCACGUGACGGGUCCUCUGGCAGAGAUCCAAAUAGCUUACAUGUGCCGAGAAACACUAACUGGGCUGUCAUACCUCCACAGUAUGGGGAAAAUGCACAGGGACAUAAAAGGCGCGAACAUCCUCCUAACAGAAUGUGGUGACGUGAAGUUGGCCGACUUCGGCGUGUCAGCGCAGAUCACGGCCACCAUCAAUAAGAGGAAGUCGUUUAUUGGCACGCCCUACUGGAUGGCGCCGGAGGUGGCAGCUGUGGAGAGGAAGGGCGGUUACAAUCAGCUAUGUGACAUAUGGGCUUGUGGCAUCACAGCUAUAGAGCUCGCUGAACUGCAACCGCCCAUGUUCGAGCUCCACCCCAUGAGGGUGCUGUUCCUCAUGUCCAAGUCGGGGUUCAAACCGCCCCAGCUGAAAGAGCGCGAACGCUGGUCGCAGCUGUUCCACUCGUUUCUCAAGCUCUCCCUUACCAAGAACCCCAAGAAGAGGCCCACCGCUGAUAAAUUGCUGCAGCACGCGUUCUUCCAACAAGACAUGAGCAAGCGGUUAGCGAUCGAGCUGCUUCACAAGUAUUCCAACCCACCUAGUCACAGUGUCAGCCAGGAGGACGACGACGGGGCGGAGAGUACAGUGCCGCAGCGGAUCGCGUCGCGGCACACGGGGCGUGCGCGGCGCGUGGUGUGCGAGGCGCCGGCGCCGCGGCCGCGCAGCCUGCAGCCGCCCGCCGCGCCCGCAGCCACCGCAGCCACCGCAGCCACCGCAGCCACCGCAGCCACCGCAGCCACCGCAGCCACCGCAGCCACCGCAGCCACCGCAGCCACCGCAGCCACCGCAGCCACCGCAGCCACCGCAGCGCCGCCCGCCGAGCGAGGUGUAUGUCGCCGUCGGUCAGGUGUGUACGACGACUCGCCCAUCAUCGACCUGGACGCAGACGAUGACUUGGUCCCUGACCGCUGCGACGGGGAUACACUGCGCAGGACCGGUUACCACAGACAGACGAGCGAAGACUGGAGCGUAGCCUCUCUCAUGAGUUGUCCGAAACACAAUCCCCUAUCACAAGACCUAUCCACCGACACCAUGCCCUCGAGCGAAAACAAGUGGUGUCGGGUGAUCACGGGUGAUGAUAUUAUGAGAAUGACUCUGAGGAGCCUCUUGCAAUAUAUUGACGAAGAAUUAAUGCUCAGGGCAACACUGCCGUUAACCGCCGACACGGCAGCAAUGGCGAGCGCGAACUCCGGCCUCUCCGUACACGACCAACAUUUAUCGCAGUGUAUGCAAUUAAAGCAGAACUAUCUAAAUAAUUCCACCACAAAUAUCUACCAGAGUCUAGCGUCGAACUUUCAGAGUCCAAUCGGCGCAUCCAGAGUCUCAAUCGACGAUCCUCUGUGUAGGAAAAUGGGCGAGACGGACAUUAUGUAUGUAGAUCAAUCGAACGAUGUGAUAGUAGAAUCGCCACAGAUUAGAAACGCCAAUUGCGAGUGUGGCCUAUGCCCGAAACCGGAGAUAAGGGACGACAACACACUGAGCGAUCUGCAGAGAUCAGUGAAAAAAUGCUCAUGCGAUGCGUGCAACUCGAACGGGGAUAUACUGAACUACUAUAGGAAUUGUCCGAACCAGAACGUGGACUCCGGCAUCGUUUACUGUGACAAUUGUAAAAAACAAAAGAUAUCCGUGUCGAAUUUUAGAGCGUUGCAAAUAGCUAAUCGAUUGAGGAUAGCCGACGAUUCUAAAUUGGAAAACGGAACGUCCGAUGACGAUUUGUGCAGGAAAAUUGACAUGAGUCUAAAUAUGGCGGAUAAGGCGUACGAGCACAGGAAAAGGCAUAAUCGGCAUAACUCCGAUUCGAUUACGGCCGGCAUCGAUUUGAAUCAGUUUUGCCAGUGCGAAUUAGACGCUGCGAAACGAAAGACGAAUUCUGUCGACGAAAUAUUUAAUAUGGUCGACGAAAAUGGCAGGGAGAAGGAGCUGACCGAUGAAGAGAUCAGAGUUAGCCAACGGCAAAGGAGUUUGUCGGACAGCCAAAGGGAUAAAGCGAAGGUGGAUAGUAAAGUGUCCGGCAGCACGGCGUCCCCGGCACCGGCCGCACCCUCCGUGCCGCCGGUGCCCCCGCGGCGCUCGCGGCCGCGCCGGACGCACACGCCCCCGCGGCCCGCGCCCAACGGCCUGCCGCCCACGCCUAAAGUCCACAUGGGGGCCUGCUUCUCCAAGGUGUUCAACGGAUGCCCACUCAGGAUAAACUGCACAGCGUCAUGGAUCCAUCCGGAUACGAGGGAUCAGCAUAUACUUAUAGGUGCGGAGGAGGGUAUCUACACGUUAAAUUUGAACGAGCUGCACGAAACCGCGAUGGACCAGCUGUGUCCGCGGCGGACCAUAUGGAUGCACGUCAUCAAAGAUGUGCUCAUGUCCCUCUCAGGCAAAACCCCAUCGUUGUACCGGCACGAGUUGCUGGCGCUGAUUGGCAGCGCUCGAGGUGGAAAAUCGUUGAGGGUGCUUCCGCCACGGCUCCUGCCUCGCAGGUUCGCGCUCACCACUAGGGUACCUGACACCAGAGGCUGCAUCCGCUGUGCGGUCGCCCGGAACCCGUACAACGGUUACAAGUACCUGUGCGGCGCGACGCCGGCUGGACUCUUUUUGAUGCAGUGGUACGAUCCGCUGCGAAAAUUCAUGCUGCUCAAGAACAUCGAGUGUUCGCUGCCGUCUCCGCUGCUGGUGUUCGAGCUGAUCAUCACGCCGGAGCUGGAGUACCCGCUGCUGUGCGUGGGCGUCAACAACAAGCCGCUCAGGCUGAACUUGCUCAACAUCAACUCGGGCGCGACGUGGUUUCAUUCUGAUGAGCUGGAGCUAUCGACCUCUGGCGGCAGCAGUGUUGGCAACGAAAGGUUACACACGCUUCGCGCCGUCCACCAGCUCAACAAGGAUGCGGUGCUGGUAUGCCACGAGAAUGUGGUGGACAUAAUCCCAGCGCUACCGCCCAGCCUGGAGGCGCGCUGGCGGCACGACGACGACAAGCGGCGGCACAAGCUGCUCUCCAGGAUACAGUUCGACUUCAACAUCGACAGCAUACUGUGCCUGGCGGACUCGGUGCUGGCGUUCCACCGGCACGGCGUGCAGGGCCGCUCGCUGCGCAGCGCCGCCGUCACGCAGGAGAUCGCCGACCGCUCGCGAGCCUACCGCCUGCUGGGCAGCGACAAAGUGGUUGUCUUGGAAUCUCAUAUUUUACAAAACAACACACUAUCCGGCGACGAUGGCAACGAUCUCUAUAUUUUGGCGGGACACGAAGCCUCCUACUAAGGUGACCAUACCACGCCAGAACUGCGGACUUAAUCAUCCAUCCGUUACGAAUAGGAUGGACGCGCGCAAUGUAUGGCCACGGUGACCAUGCGUUGUGAAUAAUGGAGAUUUCUUUUUAUAAAUAGUGAUAGUGUGACAACACAUUACGCUUAAAAAAAAUGACAUUUAAUGUAAUUGCGUAUUUAAUGAAUUAUGCAUUAAUCAAAAGCAAUAUUUUAAUAAAUCAGUUAUAAUUCCAUAUAAUGUAAAUAUAAAUUAAUUCGGUAGCAAUAGACGGAUGAUAAGAAUUAGGUAUUUGAUUUUUUUUUUUAUGACAAAUCCACAGGCCGAUUAUGUCUUUCAAUUGGUUUUCGGUAAAUAAUUGGCGUCAAUUUUGAUUUUCGACAAGUUUUGUUUUACUUAACCGCGAUUGAUGAGGGAUCAGCAAUAAACGUCGUUGCUGCCUCUGCAGAGCAAUUACGAAACUAAAAUUACUAUGAUGUUUUAUUGUUAGUAAAUUGCUAAUGGCGCUGUUCGUCGAGAAAAGUGCAUCUAGCAAUCGGAAGCAAUCUAUAGCGAAGUGAUUGCUAAUUAUUAAUUUAUAGGUCAGUCUGCCGGAUUGGCAAGCGCGAACUGCCUCUAUACGUUGCUUUAAACUCGACACAAAACGCGUACCUUAAUCCAUAGUUAACUUAUAACUUUGAUUUUAUUCCUCGAAAUCUAUCCUAAUAUCCGGGAGAUUCCCAGAAUAAUCAACAUACCAGAUUAGGCAUGCUUCGACAUUUAUAUAUUGGUUUUCUCUCAACAUUGAUAGCGCUAAAAGGUCAUCUGAUGACCUUUGGUGACACCAAUUUCGAUACGCCCAUAUCGGUCAGAUAUCUGUAUUAAUUUCAAUCGGGUGCUAAAUUAUAUUUUAUAUAUUGGAUAACAUAUAUUUAUUGAUUUUUUUAUUUAUCCAAUAUACAGAUAUUGUAAGUCCAAUAUAUAUGUAUAUUAAAGGAAAAAUGGUUAAAAAAAUAAAUUUGACAGCUAUGAUUUUUUUUUUCUUCAAUAGACAAUAAAAAGGUAUCCAGACACGAUCAACUUAAAAUUAACUUGUUCUUUUAUAUAAUUUUUGGACAUUCAAUGUUAUGAUAAGAAUUUCCACCAUUAUGCAAAGAAGGGUUAACCAUCUCCAGGUUUAACCAGAUUCUCCAUAAUAGUUCAUCAGAUCUCCAUCGCUAAAUUGAUUAAAUUUACAUUCAUCAUCAUAUCUGCUUUAAAUGGUUCACUGCUGAACAUAAGCCUCCCUUCAGGGGGUCGGUGGGUUGCUAGUUGUUUGUGGGUAUUUUAAGAGGGAUGCUUGCCUAAUUACUGGUACAAAGGAAUAACACCUGAGUCCUCAGGAAUGGCAACGCAUGGGGGGUAUCAUGGGCUAAACAGUAUACUCUGUUAUGUCCAUGGUACUGUUAAUGUCUGUAGGCCACGGUUACCACUUUCCAUCAGGUGGGCCGUCAGCUUGUUUGCCAUUCUAAGUAGUAUAAAAGAAACAAUACUGUACCUCUCGCCAUAUAGCUGCAGUUCACUCUCAUUUCUUGAGUGCAUGGCACACUUACUAUCCGUGCGUCCCGUUCAUUUUUACCUCGUUCUAGGUUGUGGAAUGAGCUUCCGUCUUCAGUUUUCCUUUUACAAUACAAUAUGGGGUAUUUAAAUAAACGUGCCUACAGAUAUUUAAAGGCCAGCAACUCCUCUCGUGUUGCAGGUGUUCAUAGGCAACGGUAGCUGCUUUCCAUCAGGUGGACCGUCUGCUCGUUUGCCUCCCUAACAAUGUGAAAAAGAAAGAAUUAAUCCGCUAGGUGGCGGUAGAGAGCAGACCAAUGUUCAAAGGGUCAGUUAAAUAGUUACAUAUGAUAUUUCACUAAACACCUUCAAUGUGGUAGCAUUCAUUAAAAUCUUAUAGCUUAUUGAAAUGUAAAUACCCCAUGUGACCACUAGAAAGGGUAGUGAUACCACAUUAGUUCCUACGUUAGUUCACUUGUUGGCCAGUAUUUCGUAAAUUUUAAACAGAAUUGUGAUAUUAGACACAUACACCAUCAAAGUUAUGUUAUUUUUUUUUAUGAUUAUGACCCAUGCAUUUUUUUUUUUUAUAAAAAUAUGUGCAUUUUACAAGGGAAUUGCCUCCCUCCUCCCAUGGACAAUAAUUUUAAACAUACACUAAGCCAAUGUGGAGUGACUUGACGUUACUCUAGUAAUGAUCAAUCAACGAUAAUCAAAAGCACAUUUAAUAAAAUGUCAAAUAGACCUUUUUAAGGGAUGAAAAUGAAUCAAAUUCAGCCUGCGACAUCGGGGUAGUUGAGUCACCGUGUCGAAUCACCAAGAGUUGGAAUUAAUUUUAUCAAAUUAUUGGGUCGGAUGAACGGAUCUUUCGUGGCGAACGUUCUCCUACCGGCAUUAUCAUUUCCGGUCAUGUGUGUGACCAAUAUUAACCAACCCUCUAAUAUUGUUUAUCAAUUUAAGCCAUAAUAACAAAUUAACUUAAUAAUUAAAAUUUAUAAUGAAAACAGUUCUGAAAGAACGCAAAUAUGUCUCUAUUGAUAUAUCUUAAAAUUUAUUAUGAUAGUUAUAAAUAUAAAAUCAUAUAGUAUAUAAAUAAAUGAGACCUGAAUAAUUAUAUUCAAUCUGCUUGUAUAAGGUGUGCACAGUGCCCCAUUUUAUGGUAAUACAAAGACAGUUUACUCUCAUGUCAUAUUUAACUUAACAACCAAAUGCAUAGGCUUUUUUACAAACUUUUAUUUAACUUGCAAUGUUUAUUAAUUUGUUUAGAUCAAAUGUUAAGAGCUGGAUUAGAAUCAAUUCCUUCUAAUCAAUUUUCUUUAAAUUUUGUUACACACAAUAUUGUUCUGUUCUCGUGAUAAUACAAUAUUGUAAUGUUAUCAAAAUGGCCGCCAACACAAGAUGGCGGAUGACGUAUAAUGUCAACGUAUAUUAUGAGUUGAAAUGAGACAUCCGACGUUGCUAUCUCAUUCUAUCCUACGAACUCGUUAGAUAUCGAUUCCAUCGAUAAAUUCGCUUGCCACAUGUCUAGAGGGCCGUUUUUAAUAAACGACAAGUCGACUUGGCAACUCUCUAGUGAUGGUAUUAUAAUUAUCGAUUUACCGAUACUCCAUAUAUGUAUAAAUCACUAACUUCUGUAACUCUGUGGGUGUAUUUCAUGUCACAAGACUGCUGAUAGCAACUUGUCGAUUUGCGUUGCAGUACUCACUUACUAGGCGGACCGUAUGCUUACCAUCACCUUCUUAGAUUUUAUUAUUAAAAAUAAAGACAGGCUUAAUCGAUUACUUGUUUAUGGUUACAUAUACAACUCUGUGGUCUAUUCGUUAUGUAACCAUAGACCAUGAGACCAUAGAGUUUGAUGGCUUGAUUGUCGAAUCGACUUGUCGCACUAAUCGCUUUGUUUUUGAAUAUAAUUCUUUUAUAAAUCAUUAAUUGUGAAUACAUAAUAUUGUUUAACGAGAAAAGAACUUAUUUGCGCCAAUAAAUUAUGGAAUUACACGAUUUAACGUAUUAUUAGACUCUGUCUAGUUCUUUUGUAUUUAAGGGGCCCAUAACUCGAUGUCGAAAAUAAAUGCAAAAUAAAAAUAUAUCGAUCUAUUUAUAAGGUAUUGUAUUAAUACUUUGAUUUAUAGAGAUAUAAAUAACAAAAUUGUCUACUAUGCUGUUAAAAAUAAAAAAGGAACGUUUUAUUUUUGACGUUGGAGUGUUCUUCGAACAAACACUUCAGCCGGAUGCAUUUCUUUAUACGUAAAUUAAAUAUUUAUACAAAUAUCCACAACCAAAUAAUUGUGAUCUUUUAUUAUAAUGUGGUGCGAAUCAAAAGUGAAUAACACUUUUGGUUUUUUUAAAAAAAAAAGACAAUUAUAUCUAUGUGUUAAUAAUUAAUUAGUUAACAUAGUGUUUAUUAUCAAUAAUAGAUUCGCUUCGUGUAUUUUUUGUAAAUAUUACAAAAUAUUCCAAUUUAGAUCAUAGUCAAUUGUAUAAUAUUAUUAGUAUAGUUAUUAAUUUUAAAUGUAUUUAAUUUUUUUUUUUAAAUGGCAACGGAAUGUUAUCGUGGAGGUUAUGAAUUAUAUUUAUUUUUUAAUCUGUGGAGCGCGCCAAAACGCUUGAUCUCCGAACACUCGAACCUGUAAACUAAUUCGUGCGUAUUUCUUUCGUUUAUAUAUCUGUAUGCCAUUUUUAUAUAUAUAAUAUUACUAUGGAGAGAUUAUUAAAAACAGUUUUAUUUUAUUGACACUGUUAGUUUGUUAACGCUGUCAAAUCUGUUUUUAUUAUGCACAAAAUUGUUUACGAUUUGUUUAUACCCAUCAUAGUAUAGUCUAAUUCAGUGUUGCCAACACAUAGGAGUUUUUCCCGGAAUUUAAGAAAGAAAUACGUCUUUAUUUAAUUGGAACUAACAGAUUAAUUGUAAUACCGUAUGUUGUAAACUAAUAGUUAAAUAUUUUUGACGUUAUAUGUGACCUGAUAUUAUAAAAUUUCAAAUUGUUGGCAGCACUGGACAUGUUGAAUUCCCAUUCAAGCAGAAAUCAAUGUUAGUGAGGACAACUUAGUCUAAUUUUCAAAGAACUAAGUUUAUACAUAGACUGUUAUAUAUAUAACAGAAUAUAUGUUUUAUGAGAUUAUAAUUUGAAAUGAAACAUCACAUUAUUUAUAUAAAUAUAUUAAUAAGAAGUUUGCUCACAGUUGGCAAUGUUUACAAAAUUGCUAUGAACACGUUUUGUAAAUAAUUGCAACGAGAUGAUACGAAUAAUUCUCGAUGUUAUACACAAUGUUGUGGUUUCUUAAUAGAACGUUAUAUUGAUUUUACUAUAUUAUUUAAAAUACUUGCUACUUACAUUAUCAGAUAUACAGCUGGUGUCUAAAUUUGUAAAGACACGUAAAUUUUAGAAUGUAAUCACAUCUGCAAUGCCUCUGGUGUUGCGCGUGAUCAUAGUUGGCGGUGGUCACUGUAGCGAACUCUUUGCUACAUUUUUAUAUUCUUAUUGUCAUUCGAAAUUUAUAUAUUUUUUUGACAUAUUGUUUUUACAUUCAAAUACAUUUUGCUAAUGUCUGUCUCCACAUCUUUUCUGUAGUUUUCCAUUCUGAAAUCCUCUCGUUACAUAUUAAAAGUAUUAUCUCCGUUUCAGUCACUUACCAUCGAGUGAGCUGCGUCCUCGUGUGUUCCGUUUUUAAAAAAAAAGUCCUAUAGAUAUAGAACGUAAUGGGAUAAGAAUUUUAUGAAUCCAUAAUUACAAAAUGAGAUAAAUUUUGAGUUUCCCAAACUCGAGACCUCAAUUUGAAUGAAUCGUGUUAGUUAGGCCUCCAUUUUUUGUUUUGUAAUUUUACGAACUACUUUUGCUGAAAUCUUGAAAAUGUACAGUUUUGCUAGUGUAAGAUCCCUUUCAAUGAAAGAUUUUGUUUUACUCUGUAUAUAGGUCGUAUAUAGAUCAAUCCUAUCGAUUUUGGAAUUAAUUUAGAAUUUUGAAAUUGGAAUAUUUGAAACUAUAUUAAUCUAGCAAGAUUACUUCUCGUUUUUACACUGUAUCUGUGACUCGAAAGUAAAAAAUAUGAUGUGAAAAAAUUUAUUUCUCUAUCAAAUAUCCAUAUAUUUAUAGUGUAAUAAAUUAUUAUUAAAUUUUAAACACAUUCCUAUUAAUCUUAUACAUAAAAUUCUAACCAGGUACUGAAACAAUAUAGCGCUCAGAGUAAUAAACAACAAACAGAUACAUCGAACGAAUGAAAUGAACGAAUUAGAACUGGAACGAUAUAAAUAUCGUUCAUUCAUUCCAAUUUUAAUUAUUUCAAAUUCAACAAUAAAUGCUGUGAAAGUAAGUGCGAGUAUUUUAAAUAAUAUCAUUGAAAUCAAAUACGAGAUUUUCGACGAUCAGAUCUGCCGAGGGAUGUUUUAUAUUAUGUUAACGUGCUGUUCGCUUUAAUUAUCCCUCUUAUUUAUAACUCCCCAAUAAACAUUUAUUUGUACA